AUGUGUAAAGCUUAUGGAAUUGGUAAAUUACCAUAUGCACAUCUCUUAACUACCUUGUUUAGAGAAUUGGAUAUAAAUGUCUCUAAGGAGAGUUCUAAGGCAUAUUUAAUUGUGCUUAGAGAAAUUCAUUUUGAUAAUGAUGGCAGAAAGAAACGUUUUGAAAAAGGUGGAUCUUCUAAAACCAAAGUUGAUUCAAAUUUCAAAAGUGAGAUUAUGAGUGAGCUUCAAGGACUAAGAACAUUUAUUAAUGAGAAAUUCAAGAAGUUAAAGAAACAGAUUGCAGACCUUAAGCAGGCACAAAGAACUGAUUUUGCAACCAGAGUUGAGACUGAUGCACAUGCAGGUGAUCCUCCUACUCAUUAUGGUAGUGCAUUUGAUCAUGGUAAUGUUGAGUGUGGAGGCACUGGGCUUGGUGAGUCUACUACUGUUGUUCUGCAUGAUAGUGAACAGGUUGUAAAACUUGAAGUUGAACCUACUGUUGAACUUGAAAGUGACCAAAUUGUAGAACCUGUAGUUGAGUCUACACAGAAGAAGGAAGAUUCUCUAAAGGAUCAGCAGGAGAGUGCUCCACCUGAACUUUCUGCAGCUGAAGCUUCUCAAGCUAAUAGGAUUUGUGCUUUCUUGGUUCUUUUUGGAUUAAUAUCUCUUGUUUCCUUUUUGGCUGAUGACAAAAAGGGGGAGAAUGGAUUUGCAUCUAAAGAGGAAGGGCACUCAAAGGCAUCUCAAGAUGAAUCUAAGUUGAGAAAGAAUAAGAUUAUGAAAGCUAAGACUCAAGUUAAAGCUUUAGCCAUUUUUGCACUUUGUCUCUCUUGUUUAGUCUCCUUUGAUGCUGCCUCUAAACCUAGCCAGGGCUUUAGUGUGGAACUAAUUAACAGAGACUCACCAAACUCUCCCUUCUACAAUCCUGAAGAAACUCGCACUCAACGCUUGGCUAAUGCUUUUCGUCGAUCGAUAAGCCGUGUCCAUCAUUUUAGCCCUGAAAGUCAAAUAUCUACCAAAGCCGCAGAGUCUGAUGUAUUCUCAAACCAAGGUGAUUAUCUCAUGAGAAUUUCAAUUGGCACACCACCUUUUGAAAUUCUAGCCAUAGCAGACACAGGCAGUGACCUUAUAUGGACACAAUGUGAGCCCUGCAGUAAUUGUUAUCAACAAAAUGUUCCUCUUUUUAAUCCAAAAUCUUCCUCAACUUAUAGAGACUUCUCCUGCUCUUCAAGACAAUGUACAACAACGAGUGGAACCAAAGAUUGUGACAGUGAUGGGAUUUGCCAUUAUGAGGCUUCUUAUGGAGACGGCUCCUUCACUAAUGGAAAUCUUGCAGCUGAGACCAUCACCUUGGAUUCUACAAGUGGCCCCCCUGUGUCUUUCCCUAAUUCUAUAAUUGGUUGUGGACAUAACGAUAGAGGAACCUUUGGACCCGAAGGUUCAGGCAUUGUUGGACUUGGAGGUGGUUCUGUUUCCCUUGUUUCUCAACUGGGUUCUACCAUUGGUGGCAAAUUUUCCUACUGUUUGGUGCCAGCAACAGCAAACUCAAGCAAGUUGAAUUUUGGAAGCAAUGCGGUGGUUUCAGGAACAGGAGUCCAGUCGACCCCAUUAACCUUCCAAAUUCUUAAAACCUUCUACUUUCUGACACUGGAGGCUAUAAGUGUUGGACACCAAAGAGUAGAAUUUCCUAGUUCUACCCCUGGAACCGGAAACAUUAUUAUUGAUUCUGGAACCACAUUGACGUUAGUCCCAGAAGACUUUUUCUCAGAUUUGUCUUCAGCAGUUGAUAAUGUGAUCCGUGGACAACGCGCCAAUGACCCCACCGGCACUUUCAGUCUCUGCUAUAGUAUUCAAUCUGAUCUAAAUAUUCCUACAUUGACAGCCCAUUUCACUGGUGCAGAUUUGGAGCUGCAACCUCUAAACACAUUUCUUCCAGUUUCUGAUGAUGUUACUUGUCUUGCUUUUGUGCCUAAUAGUCAAAUUGCAAUAUUUGGUAACGUAGCGCAGACGAACUUCUUGAUAGGAUAUGAUCUUGAAGGGAAAACCGUGUCCUUUAAGCCAACUGAUUGCACCACUGAGUAA